CUUUCCCUCUCUUCUAUCUUUUUUUCCCAUCAUCAAUGGAGCUCCAGCUCCACGCUUCCUGGUUCUUGCAUUUUCUUCAAGACCCUUGUUUUUCCCUUCUUUUAUUCUCUUCUUCCCUUGUCUUUUCUCUGCUCCUGCUCUACUUACUCAAACUAAACAAGCCUUGGUGCAACUGUGAAAUCUGUCACGCUUAUCUCACGUCCAGCUGGACCAACGAAUUUGAAAAUCUUUGUGAUUGGUAUGCUCAUCUUCUGAAAAACUCUCCGGGUCGGACCAUCCACAUACAUGUUCUUGGAAACACCAUCACCGCCAACCCGGAUAACGUGGAGUACAUGCUCAAAACAAGAUUUGAGAACUUCCCUAAAGGCAAAUCCUUCUCCGUCAUCUUGGGUGAUUUUCUGGGUCGGGGCAUAUUCAACGUGGACGGGGAUUUAUGGAGAUUCCAGAAAAAGAUGGCGAGUCUAGAGCUCAACAGGUACUCCAUGAGAUCGUAUGCUUUGGAGAUUGUCAAUGACGAGAUUAAAACCCGGCUUCUCCCGCUUUUAUCCAAAAAAAAAGAUGGGGUUCUGGAUUUACAAGACUUGUUUCGGAGAUUUUCGUUCGAUUGCAUCUGCAGAUUCUCGUUCGGGCUGGACCCCAGAUGCUUGGAGUUGUCACUGCCCAUGUCGGAAUUCGCUGUUUCCUUUGACCUUGCUUCGAAAUUGUCUGCCGAGAGAGCCAUGACUGUCUCCCCGCUUGUUUGGAAAAUCAAACGGAUGCUCAAUCUAGGAAGUGAGAGGAAAUUACGAAAAGCUAUUAGCAUGAUCAACAUUUUGGCAGAAGAAGUCAUUAGGCAGAAGCGCAAAAUGGGAUUUUCCACUCACAAAGAUCUUUUGUCGCGGUUCAUGAGCUUCGUGAAUGACGAAAUAUAUUUGAGAGACAUCAUCAUAAGCUUCCUCUUAGCGGGCCGCGACACGGUUGCAUCAGCCUUGACUAGCUUCUUCUGGCUGUUGGCAAACCACCCGGACGUCGAGUCAGCACUCCGGCAAGAAGCCGACCGGGUCGUCGGAGCAGACCGGGAGCUGACAAGCUUCGAACAACUCCGGGAGCUCCAUUACUUUCAAGCUGCAGUGUAUGAAAGCAUGAGACUCUAUCCGCCUAUACAAUUCGAUUCCAAGUUUUGUCAAGAAGAUGAUGUUCUGCCAGACGGGACUUUUGUGAGGAGAGGCACUAGGGUUACUUACCAUCCAUACGCAAUGGGUCGGGUCGAAGAAAUAUGGGGUUCGGAUUGCUUGGAAUUCAAGCCAGAAAGGUGGUUGAAGGAUGGUGUAUUUUUCCCGGAAAACCCUUUCAAGUACCCAGUUUUCCAAGCUGGGCUUAGGGUCUGUUUGGGGAAAGACAUGGCUCUAGUGGAGCUCAAAACGGUGGCGUUUUCAUUGCUUCGUCGGUUCCACAUCGACUUGGCGAAACCGAGCCGCACGCCGCGGUUCUCCCCCGGUCUCACCGCCUCUUUCAGCGGCGGGAUACCGGUUUUGGUACGAGAAAGAUGAGAAAACUGCUGUAUAAUUCGUAUCAGUCAUAAAGUUUGAUCGGAUUCUUCAAACACUUGCAACUAUUAUGAUGCAUAUUAGCAUAUCAUGCCUACCUAGCCCGUACGUGCACCAAUGAGAUUGCCGCUUGUACUGAUCUAGAGGAGUGUGACGUGCGAUGUGAUGCCCACAGAGGGCUUGCACAUACCAGAAUGUCUGCUUGGUGUCGGUAGCUUUCGUUUUUUUCUUUUUAAUCUCGGUGUACAAUAUGAUUUAUGUAGCUGGUGUUUUUUGACUGUGCAGAUAGACAUUCCUUCGUGGAAUAUUAAUCC